AAAGUGACAACUGUAUAAAUUCAGCUCACCAAAAGAGUCUGCAUGUGUCAGUUGUGUUUGAACUGGGCUGGGCCAGGAAGAAAAGCAGAAUGAUGAACCAAGAACCUGAGAGAGAACCCAGGCUGAUAAGAGAAGGGUAUCUAGUAAAGAAGGGCAGCAUGUUUAACACCUGGAAACCAAUGUGGGUUGUGCUGUCAGAAGAUGCCAUUGAAUUCUUUAAGAAGAAGACUGACACCAGCCCUAAAGGAAUGAUUCCUCUAAAAGGAAGCACCCUAACAAGUCCCUGCCAGGAUUUUGGUAAAAGGAUGUUUGUCUUCAAACUCACAACUAACAAACAGCAGGACCAUUUCUUCCAAGCCUCUCACCUUGAGGAGAGAGAUGCAUGGGUGAAAGACAUCAAGAAGGCCAUUAAGUGCAUUUUGGGAGGCCAACGAUUUUCCAGGAGAUCAACCAGGAAGUCUGUCAAGCUUCCAACCACAAUCAAUCUAAGUUCCUUGUAUGUUUCGAUGAAAGACCCUGACAAAGGGAUACGAGAAAUGAAACUGGAAAAAGACAAGAAAAUUUUCAAUCACUGCUUUACAGGCAGUUGCGUCAUUGACUGGCUUCUAUCCAACAAUGCCAUCCAAAAUCGCCAAGGUGGUCUAAUGGUGGCAUCAGCCCUGUUGAAUGAAGGUUAUUUUCAGGCUGCUGGGGAGAUAUCCAAAACUGCAGCUGAAGGCUUGUCAGAAACUCCCUUCCUUGACAAUGAGGACGCCUAUUAUUACUUUGCAGACAGUGGAUUCUUCUGUGAAGGAAAUUCCAGUGACGAUGAUGGGGUUUUCAAGGAGGAGUUCAGAGGCGUGGUGAUCAAACAGGGAUGUCUACUGAAACAGGGUCAUAGGAGGAAAAACUGGAAAGUACGAAAGUUUGUGCUGAGAGAAGACCCUGCCUACAUGCACUACUAUGAUCCUGCUGGGGGAGAAGAGCCACUUGGAGCUAUUCACCUGAGAGGUUGUGUGGUCACAGCAGUUGAAGAUGCACCUGAUGGCAAGAAAAAUGAAGUUGGAGGAAAUCUCUUUGAAAUCAUUACUGCCAAUGAAGUGCACUACGUCUUGCAAGCAGCCACCUCAGCAGAACGCACCGAGUGGAUCAAGGCCAUUCAGAUGGUUGCCAGGACUGGAAAGUGAAGAACCACCUACAUCAGCAAAUAGAAAUGUCUUUUGUUAAAGAGCCAACUGGUUGUUAUGUUGCUCAUAUAUAGCCAUAUCAUUUUAAAAGUUACUCUCUCUCUUUUUUUUUUUUUUGCAAGAGCAUGACUAAAAGUGAUGGUCAGAAUGUUGCAUCAAGCUACGUAAUAUACUUAGCGAUACUGCCCCCUUUCCCCAAACUUGUUCAGUUAUGUUCCUGUCACUGGCAGAAUGGACCACGUUCUCAGCACAGAGUUGAUGAUAGCUGAUAAAGUAGGUAGAAUGAGGGAAAUUAAUUGUGACUAACCACCUCAUCACAUUGAGAGGAGAAAGCAUGGGUGACUGGCUCUUUAAGAGGAGAGAAUUGCCCCUCUUACAUUGUCAGCAGUCCUGUUUCGAGUUUUGCCUCCUCAUCACACUCACACUUGGAAACUUAAGAACUGGUAAUACAUUCAUCUUUUACAUUCAUCACAUACUUUUUAAAAAAAUCAGGAGACAUAACAGUAUCCAAAAACUAAGAGAUCCAUUGCCCUGCCCAAAGCCCCUUACAUUAAGGGAGAUUGGCACCAGUUUAAAACUACUUCUUUCCAUGGGAUCCUAUUAUUCUGCCCCAAACCCCAUAUGAUACAAGAAAGAAUGAUCCAGGUUGAAACCAUUAUUUCCAUGGGAUUUUAUUGUUCUGUAUCAAAUUCCAUAGGAUACAAAGGACAGUGAUCCAGGUUAAAGACAUUUCUUUCCAUAGGAUCAUAUUGUUUUGCAGCAAACCCCAUAGGAUACAAGAGGCUGCUGAUGGUUGGACAAUGAAAGAGAAUGGGAAACUUUUGAUGAUUCCCAUCCCACCUGUUUUUCAGUUUUAAACAUGGGAGUAAAGUAUCAUAAGAGGAAGGAGUUCUGGACUUGAUUGUUGGCCUGUGUUCAGAGUUCCCUCCUUUCGGGACAUUUCUGCCUCUUUUCAGCCCUGGAACAUGUGAUGAGCUCAGUGUCUCCUAAUGCUCGAAAAGACGCUGAAGUGUCCUAUCAGGAGAAAUGUCUCCAUGUGAUGAGGUCAUUUGCUAGAGUUCCCUCUUUUCUGGACACUUCUGCAUCUUUUCAACCAUGGAGGGCUGUGCAUUAUGGCCAGAAGAAAUUUAACUCAUGGGAUGAGCUCUGUGCCUCUCCAUACUUGAAAAGAGACUGAAGUGUCCUACGCCUGGGAAAUUUCUCAAUGUGAUAAGGUGAUAGGUAGCAGUCAUGAAUAUGGAACAGUUACUAGAUUCGCUCAUCUGUAACUGUUUCCUAUUCAAGGUUGCCAAUUAGUGCCACUAUUGUCGUAAUUGUAACACCCCCCCCCCCCUCCUUGAAUCCACUUCAUCAGCUACAUAAAAAAGGAGGUCCAGUCUGAUGGAGUUUGGAGCAUAGUUGAAUCUUUUUUCCCAUAGGGUUUUUUUUUGUGGGGUAGGCAGGCCAGAAGAAUAGUUGAUAUGGAAAACCAAUGAGACAUGUUAAAUAUCCAGCUUGACUCCCAUAUCCACAGGACAGGUAUCCAUAGUUUCAUUUUUCCAUAUUCAACCAAAUAUUCCCUCUUUAGGCAUUUUCAGGUUUGUCCAAUAUGACACUAUGAUAUUCUUUAACCAGAAGCCCUUCCUUUCAUUAGGGUUCACUGUUUUCUGUGGUUUUGUAUAUCUACACAAACUCCAGGAAUGUAAUCCUCUGUAGACAUGGGGGUUAUACUGCAUCUGUCCAUAAUCUAAAGCAUAACAGUCUGACAUAAUCAGAAUGCUGAAUGGAACUGCCAAAGGUUAUUCUGCAACACCAAGCAGAGUUAUGUAGAAGCAUGAAUAAGGAUGGUUAGCCUUAUGAUUUCUGCAUAUGAACAUAAUGGGGAAAAUGUUCUACAUAAGUAUUUUGUCUAAAGCAGCCUCCUUGUGGUAGUCCCUACUCAUGUUUGUGCUAGCAAAGAUACGGAAGACUCAGAAUCAGGGCUAACAUUAUGGAAAUAUAUAUUUAAAGGGCCAAAAAGCAUAAUUUUUCUCAUUGUGUUUCUUUUUAAUUAAUCAAUGAUAACGGUAGUUGUUGACUUUAAAGUGUGUGGGGACUUUGAGAUAUCACAUCUCAAAGUGACAUUGUCUCAAUAUUUGUAUGAGAAAAACAGUUGAGUUACACAAAACUUUAAUUUAGUAAGACUGUCUUCUCAGUGGUACCAGCAUAUACCUAAAUUAAUUAAUUAAACCCAUUCCUAUAGAUUAACUUAACAGAUUUGCUGACAAAGGUUGCGCAUUUCUUAUCUGUAAUUCCAAUAUUGAAAAUUCUCAAAAAUCCAAAAUUGUCCCCAUGGGUGGUUGAAAUAGAGACACCUUUGCUUUCUGGUGGUUCAUCACGCACAAUAUUGUUAAUAAUACGGUGUGCAAAAUUUAUUUCAGGCUAUGUGUUUCAGGUGGAUAUGAAACAAAAAUGAAUUUUGAGCUUAGACCUGGGCCCCAUCUCCAAGAUGUAUAUACAUGUAUUUCAAAAUCCAAAACUCUUCCAGUCCCAAGCAUUUCAGAUAGAAUAUAUUCAACCUGUCAUAGCCUUCUCAAACUUGGCAUCCUCCAGAUAUAUUGGACUGGGGUUGCAUCAUCCCAAAUUUAGAGGCCAUCAGGUUGGGGAGAGGCUCUUGCAACGUCUACUGAUUAAUAUUGAAAUUCUGCCCAUUCCCAGCUUUUCUAUAAAGAAGCAUGUUUGCAGUGCCAGGUAGCAAUCUUGUUGCUCAUUGUUUUCAGUCAAAUUGGGGGCUUUUGCCUAACAUAGUUAUAGUGCUAAGUUUUCACUUUAACAGCUUCCAAUUCCAAUAACUGCUUCGGCAAUAUUCUGUGGAAUCCUGGGGUUUGUAUUUUGGUCAGAUGCAAUGGGGGAGCUGUCUUGGUUCCAAAGGCUCCUUCCUCAACUGCAAAUCCUAGGAUUUCCUAGGAUGUGAAGUCAGGGCACUUAAUGCAGAAUAAUCAUUCCAUAACUGUGUGGUAUGAAAGUGCUAUAAUAGCUUAAUGCAGUGGUUCACAACCUGUGGGUCCCCAGAUGUUUCAGCCUUUAACUCCCAGAAAUCCUAACAGCUGGUAAAAUGGCUGGGAAUUCUGGGAGUUGUAGGCUAGAACACCUGGGGACUCACAGGUUGAGAACCCCUGGCUUAAUGUGACCAAGGUGGAAAAACAUAAUCACCACCAUAUAAGAAGCAAGCUGGCAAAUAUUCAUUUUUCUCCUAUAUUGACACAGCUGUAGAAUGAGCAACUGAGCCCAAACAAAGACUUUAGUCCUAGCAACACCUUUAGUUCACACACCAAAUGUAACUUCUGUUUACCAAGCACACAAAUGUGGAAUCACAUGGGUAAACUUUAACAUCAACUGGCUGGGAAAACCAUAGUAAUUUCCUUAAUUGUCAGUAUAGUAUUGUAAGGUCCUGCAUUUAUGGCUAUGUGACAAUGUCUGCACUGCGUAAGCAGUCGUCUAAGCUCAAGACUCGAUAUACAUUUUCAAAAAUGGGAAUGUCGGUAGAAUAUUCAUAUGCAUUUUAUCUCUUUGUUUUAUAUACACACAUAUCCAUAUGUAAUGUAUUAUUUAUCACAUUUGUAUGUGACUUUCAUUAAACACUUUCAACGCAAAAAAAUAAAUUGCUGAAUCACGAGUAACAAUUCAACAAUAAUCACAAGAGAAAAACAAUAAAGAAUAGAAAACUAAAUAAAAA